AUAACCAGAAUGGGAAGUGUUGUGACAGAAAAAGUGAAACUUCUUGCGGCAUUGCUGGCUCUCCAGUUUUGCUUUGCAGGAUUUCACAUUGUGUCUAGACUUGCCCUAAACAUUGGUGUCAGCAAAGUUGUUUAUCCUGUCUAUAGGAAUAUAAUUGCUCUGCUUUUGCUGAGCCCUCUUGCUUAUUUCUUAGAGAAGAAUCAAAGACCACCUCUUACUUUUUCUUUGCUGGUUCAGUUCUUUCUUUUAGCAUUACUGGGAAUUACUGCAAACCAAGGGUUUUACUUGUUGGGAUUAUAUUAUGCAUCCCCAACGUUUGCUUCUGCAAUGCAAAACUCUGUUCCUGCCAUCACUUUUGUCAUGGCCUCAGCUGUAAGGCUUGAGGAACUCAACAUUGCAAGAAGAGAUGGUCUGGCAAAAGUUCUAGGAACCAUUGCCAGUGUUGGAGGUGCUUCUGUGAUCACACUCUACAAAGGACCUCCUCUUCUUCACCAGAUGCACCAUACUCAAGCAGACUCUACAUCAGAAGCAAAUCAAUCUUCCAUGAAAAUGCAAAACUGGUCAUGGGGUUGCAUAUACUUGCUUGGACAUUGUUUAUCAUGGGCUGGCUGGAUGGUUUUUCAGGCUCCUGUGGUGAAGAAGUAUCCAGCAAAGCUAACACUCACGUCAUUUACAUGCUUCUUUGGAUUGAUCCAGUUCUUGAUCAUAGCAGCCUUCGUAGAAACUGAUAUGGAACAUUGGAAGAUACAAUCCACAGAGGAGCUUUUUACUAUCCUAUACGCUGGAGUUGUAGCAUCUGGCAUCGUUAUCUCUCUCCAAACAUGGUGCAUUCAGAAAGGUGGUCCAGUGUUUGUUGCUGUCUUUCAGCCAAUGCAAACGUUUCUAGUUGCUGUCAUGGCAGCCCUGAUACUUGGCGAUCAGUUAUACUCUGGAGGUGUUGUAGGUGCAAUUCUUAUUGUACUUGGCCUCUACUCGGUCCUGUGGGGCAAAACUAAUGAAAAACGGAUGGCUAUUCCAGAGGAGCCAUCAUUAACCAAGCCAUUGCUUAGUUCUGAAGAGAAUAGAAAAGCUGAUGCAGCUGCAGAAGACAUACCCUGAGAUGUAUUUGUCCACAGAAACAGAACGUUCAGUGACGGUCAAGUGUCUGUAAUAUGCAUAACCACUCGUGUUUAGAGCCUCUAUCAGCAGCAUCUCUGCUUGAAAGAAUUAGUCUAUCCAAUCAGUUGUAAGAGUUAAGGGCUCGAGCUAAAAGCAUGCUUUAGUGGGAAAGCUUGCUGAUUCAUUUGGAGACAAGUCAAUUCAGUGUUGGAGUUGAUUAGUAGGAUAGAAAUGUUGUUAGCUAUGGGCGUACGUCUGUAUCGUCAAAUGAGACGCUUGGAGUAAUAGAAAAAGAAAGACUCUAUGUGCUACUGUAAAUUUCACUGACAGCUAUAUCUGAAUCCGAAGUUGUAUGGAAAUAUAUUUGCUACCUGGAUAUUGUUGAAAAGCACUUGAUGGAAGACUCGAAUCCUAGUCUGUGGUAAUUCUAUCACUAGUACAAUGUAUUGGUCAUAUGAGUUGUUUCCUCAGCAGUCGGUGAAGAAAAAUAUGAACAACCCAUAUGCAGAUCAGCAUUUCAUGGCCAAAAGAUUCCAACUUGAGUAUCACACUAGCAAGAUUGGGAUUUCAACGAAGUGAUGAGACCACAUUAAAAAUGUCAAAUUCUAAUACAAGACUGUAGAAAUCCAGAUCCCAACACAGCGUUCAUGUAUUUGAAGAUCCUUAGAUGUUGGCAUUCCAUUAACAUAGAAACUAAGAAAUCUUGUAACAGCUAGA